AUGCAAAAGGAGCAGAAGAAAGGUGGUUCACCGCAGAAAACUGUAUCAGUUGCAUAUAUUCGUGCAAAAAGAGAUCUCCAAGAGUAUGAGGAAAUUCCAGGAAUCAGUAUAUAUUACAGUGAAUCCAACCCGAUGCAUAUAAAGCUUACGGUAAGGCCAACGGAAGGAUAUUACGCGAAUGGCAUUUUCCACUUUGAGUGUCAAGUGCCCGAGGAUUAUCCAAACAGAGCACCGGAAUUUAAAUGUCUCGAACGCAUUUAUCACCCAAACAUUGAUCUCGAAGGUCACGUGUGCUUAAAUAUUCUCAGAAAUGACUGGAAACCAACAUUAACGCUAGGCCUUGUUUUUGCCGGUAUUCUGCACCUAUUUCUUCAUCCUAACCCUAACGAUCCUCUCAAUAAGGAUGCUGCUAACGAUCUUUCUAAAUAUCCAGAGUCGUACGAGCAUCAUGUGCAGACUAGUAUGCUAGGUGGAUAUGUUGGAGAUCUCAAGUUUGAUUCAGUCUGGGAUUCGCAUAAAAGAAGACCUUUCUAUUAA